AUGUGGAACGUGGUCAAGCUGAAAAACGUCAAGCUUUUCAUCUUGGUGCAUCUAGUGUCGAAAAUUGCUUUCCAGGCCAACGAGGGAGCCACCAACUUGAAACUGCUGGACAAGGGCUUUUCGCGCGAGGACCUGGCCAUCACAGUGCUGAUCGACUUCCCGCUGGAGAUCGUUUUUGGAUACUACUCUGCCAGGUGGUCCACGGGAGACGAGCCUUUGAAACCGUGGAUGUACGCGUAUCUGGGCCGCAUAGCCGCUGCUGCGCUGGGACAGGUGCUGGUGUGGUGCUUCCCGAGGGACGGUCACGUGACCACAGCGUAUUUCCUGUUCGUGAUAUUCCAGCACCUGCUGAGCUCGUUCAUGUCGACGGUCCAGUUUGUGUCGAUCUGCGCUUUCCACACGCAGAUUGCCGACCCGCUCAUCGGCGGCACAUACAUGACCACGCUGAACACGCUGUCGAAUUUGGGCGGUCAGUGGCCGAAAAUUAUCGUGCUCAGUCUGAUCGACAUUCUCACCAAGGCCCGAUGCAUGCCUGCCACGCCAAUGGCGGCGAAUCCGUUUGAGGAGACUCCGUACUUCAACUGCUACGGGCCUUCGGCCAAGAAGGACUCUGAAGACGAGGCCUGCGAUGUUUUCGAGCAGGGUGUGGAAAUGGACAGAGGUGACGAAAAUCAUCCAGAACCAGAGCCACAGCAGAAGACCGAUAAACACCAGGGGAUUGUCCUUGAGCAAGCGGCAGAGGCUUGCGGUGUCUCUGGUGCGCGAAAACUCACGCCAUUCGUUGUUGAAGUUGCGUAUCUCGGUGGCCAGGUCGUCAAGCGUGUAGAACCGCGCACAUUCUAG